AGUUGAUAUUGUUCCUAUCAUUUACACUUGCACUCUUCUAAGUGUUUGAGAUCAACAUGGGGUUUGUAUCUCAAGAUUGGAUGUUUUCAUCAGCAAUACUAGUACUAGUAUUAAUGUUGGUCAUGUUAGUCCCGCCAUGCUCAUCAACUGCUUCUAAAAAUACCGAAAACAAUGUUAAAACAACCGUUUAUCUAUCACCUAAGAUUGAACUAAGUCCGGGAUUCAUUUCAAACAAAAUAUAUUAUGACGUUGAAUUUCCAAAAGGUCAUGUUGCCCUCAAAAGUUUUCAAGCCGAACUAGUUGAUGAAUCAGGGAAUUCUGUACCUCUCCAAGAAACUUACCUUCACCAUUGGAUUGUUCUGAGAUACCGACAACCUAAAAACGCGACAAACCAAAGCGGUAUUAUUAUAGAGAGAAAUGAUGGAGUGUGCCAAGGUGAUACGGUUGAUGAAACAUUUGGCCGUGGAGCUGAAACAAGAGGCACAAAUCCAUAUAUUCCUGACCCUUAUGGAUUAGAAAUUGGUAAUCCUUCAAAUAUUCAAGAAGGGUAUGAUGAGAAAUGGAUUAUCAAUGUCCUUGCUAUUGAUACAAGGGGUGUAGAAGAUAGAGUGGGGUGCUAUGAGUGUAGAUGUGACCUAUAUAAUCAUACAUCAAUAAAUGCAUUUACUGGAAAACCUUUGACUCCAAGUUAUAAAGGAGGUUUAGGAUGUUGUCCUGAUAAUGCUCAAUGUAGAAUGAAGAAAGGCUUUUGGGGUCCAAAAAAUACACUAUACCUAAAAUAUACAAUUAAGUGGGUUAAUUGGGAUGAAUUUGUGAUACCUGUUAAGAUUUAUCUACUUGAUGUGACUGAUCAUUUGAAAAUAUCAUACAAUUACAAGUCCACAGGAAUGAGCAUAAAGCAUACUUGCAAGACUGAAUAUCAAGUUAAUCCUUGCAACAAAAGCCAUGUUGGUGGUUGUGUUGAUGUCAAGAGAGCAAGUGUCCCAAUCAACACUGCUGGUUAUAUAGUUUAUGGUGUUGCUCAUCAACAUGUAGGUGCUAUUAGAUCAACUCUAUAUGGCCAGGAUGGAAGAGUUAUAUGUAAUUCGUUUCCAACAUAUGGGACCGGAAUGGAAGCAGGAAAUGAAAAAGGAUUUGUUGUAGGAAUGUCAGCUUGUUACCCUAAACCAGGUUCUGUCAAGUUAUUUGAUGGUGAAAUUUUGACCGCAGAGGCUUUAUACAAUAAUAGCAUCGAACACACUGGUGUAAUGGGACAUUUCUAUAUAUUGGUGGCCGAAAAACUUCCACACCACCAUGUCUAAAAUUUCAAUCAUGCUUAUGAUCAUGUUAGGAUUGAGGACUAUAUUUUGUUGUGUAUGAAUAAGUGAUUUUCCUAUAUAAUGAGGUGUUGUUGUAAGAGUAAUUAGUACUAUCUUAAUGUAUAAUAUAUAGUUGCACCUUUGGAAUAAAUCUUGUGUUUGGCCUCAUUCUUAAUGCAACAAUCUAUA